AUGUCACACAUCUACCGGCUCCCCGACGAGCUCCUCGUCGCAAUCUUUACCGCACUGCGCGACUCGCUGCGGUUCUAUGAUAACGGCGAGGGACGAAUCGACUUGGAGCGGACUGUCGCCGUCUUCCUCGGCCCGUGCAGGCUUGUCUGUCGGCGCUGGGACAGGAUCGCACUCCCGCUCGUCACAACUGCGAUACAGACGUCGAAUCCGCGCGGCUUGCUGGACUUGGUUGAUCGCCACGCACUCGAAGACACCGUGAAGGAGCUUGUCCUCGUGUUGCCCGGCGAAUUGCAGGGCAAGCUGGACGACAAGGUGGCGACGGACCGACGUUUGAUGGAGGAGUGGAUUCAAGUCCUGCGGGCUCUUGGACCGACUCUCCGCGCAUUGAGCAUUCGCCGUUCGCCGUUGUCGCGCCCUACUUCUUCGUACUACUCUCCCAGUACACGUCUUCGGCUGGCGCUUGACGAUGCUCGGAUGCUGCUCGACUUGCCGCCGUUCUCAGCCCUCACCACGCUGAAUAUGCUUCCGGAGCUCCUCCCUGGUGCAGCACGACCCACUUCGUUCUACCGGUUCCUCCCCUUCAGUCAUCUCUUCCCAGCCGUUGAGAACUUGCGCGUCUUCUUCGCAUGGGACGACGAACCGUUCUUCACCAUGCCACGCUGGAGGCCUCUCAAGGACCUGGUCAUCCAAGUGGAACUCCCUCAUCGGACCACAUUUCUUGACGCGAAAGUAUUCGCCAACCUUUUGUCGACCGUCUUCCUCAUCCCAUCCCGCAAGACUUUGGAAUCUCUUGCCAUUUGUGGCACGACCGAACAUCGGUUUAUCCUCGAGCAUGAGCUUCUGCAGCUCGACUGUCCCGCCGUCACCGUUGUCGACGUACCGACCGUUGCCGUCUCCGACAUUGGCAGGUUUUUGACUGGCUUGCCGUCUGUGAAGUCCCUCGCCUUUUCCUACUACUCCUCCACAUACGACAUGACGAGUGUCCCCACGUCCUCCUUCUUGCCAACCUUCCAGCUGCCCCCGCGGCUGCGGCAGCUUGCCAUCAGGGUUCGAGCGGACAGGCAUGUCCACCUGGCCAGCACGCUGAUUCCGCGACUCGCGGCGGGGUUGAAGGUGCUCGCAAUUGAGGUCGAGAGACAGCCGUACGACCCGGAGCCCAACAGCCUCGAGCAGGCCAUCUCUGACUUCGAGAACGCGUGCUCGUCUCUCGGCAUCCUCUUCGCUCACGACCUCGACUUGGCUAGCGAUGCGGACUACACCCCUUGCCCACGUCGCAGCGAGCGCCACUCCAGCGUCCAGGACAAGGACGGUGACGAGACGAGGCAAACGCACUCGGUUGGCGACGACGAAGAGUCCGACUCCCCCGAAUCGGCGGCGCCGUCGGCUUCCGACAGCGACUGGCAGACGGAUGACUCCCUCGACUACGACGCCGAGGACGACGAGCUUUUCGCGGCGUUCUGGAGCGAGGAGAAGCGUAAGGAGGUGUUUGAGCACAACACUUGGAACGGUACCGCGGCACAAAAACCAGCGGAGGACGUGAGCGACUGCGGCAGGACGGAAGGCGCACUUUGA